CUUUCGAGGUCCCGUCUUUCACUCGGCCUCGGCGCAUCUCCCCCGAGCUUACUAUACUCCGUCGCAUCAACCGCCUCCGGUCCGUGCAACAUCAGAUUCUACCAACUCGUUCCAAGUCUUCCUCCAACACGCAAGACCGAAAAGACCGUCACAGCCCAUAAUGCUUCGUCCAGCAACCAGGCCAGCCCUCGCGGCCACCAGACAGGUCCGGCAAUGCGCCGCGCGCUUCUUCUCCUCCCCCGCCUCGCCUGAUACCAGCUCCUCGCAUGUCCACAGCCCCUCCACAACCCCCGAGACCAACCCAGCACCACCCCCACCAAACUCUAGGUCGUCGACAAGUUCUUCCAAGGGUAAAAAACCCCUCACUGCCGAGCAGCGCGCCUUCCUCUCGUCCGCCCUCCGCGUAAACCAGGCCGGCGAGCUCGCUGCCACCCUCAUCUACACGGGGCAGACCCCGCCUCUCGUAACCCGGGACCCCUCGCUGCGCCCGCUCAUGAAGCACAUGUACGACCAAGAGGCGGCGCAUCUGCGCACCUUCAAUAACCUAAUCUACCGGCACCGCGUACGGCCCACGGCGCUGUAUCCGCUCUGGUCGGUCAUGGCCACGGGUUUGGGCUGGGGCACCGCCAUGCUGGGCAAGGAGGCAGCCAUGGCGUGCACCGAGGCGGUAGAGACGGAGAUUGGCGGCCAUUAUAAUGCGCAGAUCCGUAAGCUGUUGGAGAUGGUGAGCGAGUGGGAGGCUGAGGGGUAUGAGGUUGGCGCAGAGUUCAGGCAUCUGAUCAACACGUUGAGGAGGAUACGGGAUGAGGAGCUGGAGCACCUGGAUCAUGCGGUUGAACAUGAUGCGCAGAAGGCGGAGCCGCACUGGUUGUUGACGGGGGUGAUUAGGGCGGGGUGCAGAGGUGCCAUUUGGGUCAGUGAGAGGGUGUGAGAGGGGAUCUUCUUUGGGGUUGGCACGUGAAGGGGAAAAUGUUAAUUUUGGAGGAGUAUUGUGUCGAUGAAGAUGACAACGAAUUCAUAAGGGGAGAAGGCUUUUCUAUGAGCAUUAGCAUUAUGUUCUGCAAAGCACGGGUUACAGACCGGUCCGUUUGUACUAUUAGCUUAUUGAGAGGGUAGGCGAUGAAGCGAAAGUACGGAGGUGCUGUUUCGAC